AUGACUGACUCAGAAUAUUUAGAAGCUAAAACUAAAUUUCUAGAAGAAAUUAAAAAAAAUAAUGAAGAAAUCUUAGAAAUAGAAAAGUUAGCACGGGAGCAGGCAGAUUGCGAUAUUUGGAUUUUGGAAAGAAGAAAACUGACUGCUGCUAUGUUUGGAUCAGUUUGUAAAAGAAGCUAUCUUGCACAUAAAGAUGAGGAAAGUUCUUUUUUAGCCGAUACUCCUGAUGGCCUAAUAGAUGACAGAGGCAUUGUUGAAAUUAAAUACCUAUAUUCACCACGGAAUAUGAUGCCUGAAGAAGGUAUUGAAACAAAAAAAAUUACCUUUUGGUCGAAAAACGGCGAUAUUAAUAAAAUGCAUCAGGUGCAAGGACAACUGCAAAUUUCCAGAUGA